GGCGUCACGACGCGGUGCUCCGCGACGCCGCUAGCCGUCGCGCCACCUCCCGCCAUCGUCACCCCGUCGUCGUCGAUUAUGUCACCAACUUGUCAGCAGAAGUUUUGCAAUGCUUGGACUGGUAUUGAUUUGUGUGGAGUCCAAAGACCGAAGACAAAGAUCAAUCUUGAAGACCGAUCUAUGUUAACCACAGACAGGAAACUUAAGAGCAGAACUUCUAGCUCCUUUACAAGCAAAGGAGUUGUCAAGUCAACAGAAUCCCCAUCUCAGCUGAGAAAUUCAUCUGUUCUUUUGGACACGGAGAAAGUUGUUGACUUUUCACAAAGGCAGAGCAUGAUAUAGAAAACAUUGCUGCAAAUCUUAUCAGCAGCUUAAAGCACAUGAGAAGUUUAGUGAACGAAACUUUGUCAUCGGAAGCACAUUCUUUGCUUCCCAGUUUUAACACUGCCGAGAAAGCUAAAGCUCCUUCUAUUUGUACAAAGUUAGUUUGAUGAGUUCCUUUUGAAGUUUCCCUGUGGGCUGGUAAAUCAGUGUCCGGUGCAUCCAUCGACGCCAACGGGAAGUUUGUUGUCAAAGUUGAGAAGCGUGCUCUUGAUUUUGUUGAUUACAUCAGCGUUAAUUAUGUCUUGGUUGCUACAGGCAGCAGCCAGCAGGGUUACUCAUUUGCUGCCCAACACGGUCACUCGAUUAUUCCGGCGGUGCCCAGCUUAUUCACGUUUAAAAUUGCAGACAAGCGACUGGCUGAUCUCUCCGAGGUAUUCAUCCAUAACUGCUCGACUCCGGCAACGGCCUCCUCCUCUGCCGCUGCUACCACGUCUCCCACGGGGUCGGCGCGUUCCGUUACGUCGUGUGCAACCCCGCCACCGACAAGUGGGUUGCGUUGCCAAACUCCGACAAGGACAGCAGCGAGGUCGCCACCACGUCUCUGGGCUUCGACCCGGCGAUGCAAGGUGGAUGGAAAAGGAGCAGAGUGGCAACUGCAUAUAGGGAUAACAAAAGAGUGAAACAGCUGCAGCCAAAGGGCAUGAAUCUGAAACUGGACGCACGAAGCAACUUGCAGCACAAAAUGGCACUAACGAAUCAUAGCAACGGCGAGUUCCGGUUAAUCCUAAAAGCAGUAGUAACAAGUUCACUCCAAAGGAGGAUGCUGUUACCGGCUUUCCAAUGGAUACUCUGGUAGUAGACAAUGGUCAUGCUCGCCUUGUUCCUUUGAUGAAUGCUGGUAGUUCAUCCUCCACUUUGGGUCGAUCAAGUGGCACAGAUCCAAACGCCCAGAGAUUCUGCACCUCUCAGAUUACUGCUGCCGAGAUGUCUAACCCAUCUACUGCAACUGGGCAGCGAGGCAAUACUGGUAAGUUGUCUAACCUUGGGGACAGUGCCAGGAAACAGUAUUUAAUAAAGCAUCGGUCGAGUUCAAGGUACAGUCAACUCGCUGCUGCUGACCAGUCUGACAAAUCCAAAUGGUCGCAAUCACAUCAAUUCCAAGAAAGACCGUCAUCUUCCCAUCGGAAGGAUGAAGUGGUGGGAGAUAAGGAGCCUGCAGGGGUGAAUGGCACAAGGAAGAACAGAAUCCAGUACUCAGGACCAUUGAUGCCUCCCGGGGUAAACAUGGAAGAGAUCCUUAAAGAGCACGAGCGGCAGAUCCAACAAGCCGUGCGAAGGGCUCGUCUGGACAAGGGAAAGGGCAAGCACGCCGAGAGAGACCAGUCGGAGUGGCUGCUGUAUGCUGCCCAGAGAGUGGAUUUACAAGGAGAAGAGAUGGAACAGAGCUACUCGGGACUCCGCCGCCGCAGUCUUUCUCGAUGGCCUUCUGUUUUUUCAUACCCUUGACCUUGAAUAUCAUGAUUGCAUAGCUGCGGUGGACACCAAGGGAGAGACAUCCCUGAUAUUCAGGGUCCCUGGUGGUCAGGUUUAUGAUUUUGGCCAGGCUGAUGACUUUGUUCAACACGUCUUAUUCAAGGUUCCUGGUGGUCGGUUUCAUUAUUUUGGUGUGGCUCAUGGUUAAGGUAAAGGAAGCGCCAUCAAAAGAUAUCCUACAACUUUCUCAACUUUAUACUGCAUGAUAUGGACAUCAACAAUCCUUUUUCUAAUUGCAGACACCAAGGGUGUGUGCUUUUCAAGGUAAGAAGUGUUUCAAAUUCUUCAUGCUUUUAAAUAUGAUCAUACUUUGUUAAAAAUUCUCGAAAUUCCCAGAAAUAUUCCACUUUAAAAAACAUUUAAUGUUGAUCACAAAAUUUUAAAAUAUUGUGAUAUAAACGUGUUUCAAUUCUAAUAAAAAAAUUAUAAUUUCAAAAUUGUAUUAAUUAUUUUUAAAACUAAUUAAUAGACUAUUCUAUGCACCAGUACUCUUUAAGUUCAGAAUUCACGCUUCAAAAGCGAUAAUAGUAUAACCUUAUUAGUAAUGUUUAUCGAAACUGUAUAUCGAAUAGCGCAUACAAUGUACGAAACAUGUUUUACAAUUUUUUCACCCGUGCAACACACGGGCAUUUGUACUAGUAUAUACAAAAACGCUAAACAUACAAAGAAUUAUAUAUGGUUACGCGCUAACUAGGAAUCCUUUCUUCCUAACUAAUCUUUUUUUCCCUGAUUUUUAAGGAGUGAGCCUUAUCCUUCUUAACCCUCAAUUAAAAUCCAUCUGUCUGUAAAACCCUUGUAAAUUUACGUACGUGUAGCAUGUUUUUGACCGAGUAAAAGAGGACGACCAUGGUGUUCGGAGUGCGAGCGUGUUUUUCUUGAUGCUCCAGUAAAACUUGAUAUAGCGUCGGCUGAUCAACGUAGGCUCCACUGGUUUGAGGAUUUGCGAUUGAAUGUUGCAUCCAGUGGCACCUUGUAUUGAACUGAAUGCAUUAGUCAGACAUCCAAAAUUUUGCAAGGGCACGUACACGCGGAAACGUUUGUAGCCAUCGAUCUGUGCCGUGAUCCGGAAACUUAUUGCCACUAAUACUGGAUGAAAAAUAGUUAUGCUGUUUUUUGAACGGUCACUCGAGGGGAGAGGAUCCCCAUCUAAAUAUAUUGCUCAAAAAACUGUCAGAGCCAAGAAUCGAAUAUGAGGCAAUAUAUUGGUACUAAUACUUACUGUAUCUGUUCUUGUAUGUCGCUCUUCUGUAUGUUCUUUCCUUCUUCCAUAGUGUCUUCAAUGUGUCCUUCUAUUCUGUUCCGGUUUUUAUCCAUCGUUUCUGUUCACCUUCUUUUUCGCUCGUUGAUGUGAUCUACCAUUUGAUGCAAUCUUGACUUUCCUGUCAUAUGGUCCCUUCCUUAUGCUCGCUCUUCAUCGUCUUUCGUUCUUUUUACAUUCCUCAAACUGUUACCUUAUUUCUUUUCUAUUUGUCUUUUCCCUUUGUUCUUAGUAAGUCCUUCUGUUUGCCAAGUCCAAGUGAUAGCUCGAAGAACUUCAUGAGUUCCGAACAAAGCUUUGUAUAUAUGUGGGGCUUGAAAGUUAGAAGCUUGAAAAACAACAUUUUCAAAUGUCAAGGUCACUUGAAGGAGUAUGAUUGACAAUCUAAUCGUCCUGUCGCAAACUGAGAUAGUGUGUGUCGCAAACCUCUUUUUACUGGAGCCGAUAUGUACCAGUGCUCCAUCCACCAUCGUUGUUGUUUGCGAUUCGUGAUCCUGGAUGGCCCACGCGUGUGUAUAUCAACAUAUUUGAACAUGCCCCGUCGGUAUUAGAGAUUAUGUCCCGUCAAAUAGUUGGCCCCACUCUUUUUACCCCUUGUCUUUACCCCCGACCACCCGCAUCCCGAUCAUUUACCGCACGGUCCUCUCUUCUCUCUUCCUCCUCCUCCCGGCCAUUCCAUGGAGCAACCAUCGUCCACCUCAUCCUCUACUCUGUCAUGUCCCCCACCGCCGCGCCCGUUCUCUACUACUGAUCUCGGCAGCGAGCCCUUCUCUGCUGGUUUCGGCAUUUCUUCUAGAUUAGAUCGCGGUAAGCUCUUCCUUAACAUUUCUUUUUUUACCCUUGCAUUUUCAGCUUUUCUAGAUUGCAAACGCAGAAGAUGGAUUCCUUUAUUAGUUAUUUAUACUGUUGGAAGUGGAUCAUCCCCUAGACCGCGACAUUGUUUUAUUGAGUCCUAUAAAUACACAAUUUCCUCUCACCAACUCUCUAACCCUAGAUCCCCAUUUUUAGCCGUUUUUUGUAAACAUGGUUCAUACGUGAAGGAAUUAAAUACUUAGAAAAGCAUAACAUAUUCAUGUACAAGUUGCACCGUACAACAUUUUUAGUCUUUAAUUACAGUGUUUUUGUUAAAAUAUAUGAAUGGGGCACUUCAUGUUCUGCUGAUUGCUACUCACACUAGUGGAAAAACGGGCAUUAGUCCCGG